CCUCAAGAAGGAAAGGGAGGAUUAUGGCAAAUUUGGGAUUGCAAAAUCUUCUCCCGUGUGCGCUCUUAUGCGGACCGCAUGCCAACUGCCUUUACUGCAAUGCAGUGCUGUGGGUUUAGCCCAGUCAUGCCACUCGCGCACGAACGCCGACACGUUGGCAUAUGUCGUCCCGCCUCCCUUCUCAUCGUCUGCAAGGCAGUUAGCCACAUAAGUUGAUAGCGGCUUUCGCUGUCCUCAAAUGGCCCUUCCCUUCCCUCUGUCUGCAUCCUUCCACACACUCCCUCCCUCUCUCGCUCCCAGACCAGACACCAAGUGCGCGUGUGUGAGCAAGACUGUGCCGCAACUGGAGGAGAGAGGAGGUGAGCAUCUAAACAUAAGCAAACAAGCCCAAAAGCAAACUAUCCAGGACUUGUACGACCGGACCCGAACACUUGAACGCAGCUGGACUACAAACUACUACUAGGCUGACCUUGACACAGCAGAAAAGCGCAGUAGCGACAGUAAACAAUCAGCGUCUCGCCAAAUGACGCGCGAUUGGUGCAAAACACAGGAAGUGCGACACGGCGACUAAUUUCUUCUCCUGCCUCGCCGGCAACCGCAAAGAACAUGACAUGGAUGCCGGACCCACAGGCGGCCACACCCACACCGGGAUCGGGACCGGCCCUCCCUGAGCCCGCCCCCAUCAUGGCGGAAUCCAGCCUCCAGGUUACAGUGGGCGACUUCGGCGCCAACGUUCUGAAGAGCCUGAAUCAGCAGAGACUUCUGGGACUCCACUGCGACGUCUCCAUCCUGGUCCAGGGUCAGGUCUUUGAGGCCCACCGCGCCGUCCUGGCCGCGUCCUCGCUCUACUUCCGAGACCUAUUCAGCGCGGAGUCCUCAGAGUCCUCGGAGCGGUCCCGGUCCACGUAUGAACUCCCGUCCUCGGUGACGCCCACCUGUUUUGCACAGAUCCUGAACUUCUGCUACACGGGCCGUCUCCACGUGGUCGCUGGUGAACAGCUGGUCCUCAUGUACACCGCCGGGUACUUGCAGGUCCAGAACAUCAUAGAGCGGAGCAUAGAACUCAUGAAGACCGAGACGGCGCCUUCGUCCCCGCACUGCUGUGACUCGCAGACCACCUCAGCAGAUGAGCUGGGACCUUUGGACCAGGGGUCCGGCUCCCCGUCUGAGGACCCAAUGAUGAUGACCGUGAGCCGGAUCAAAGAGGAACGGCAGGAUACUCCUCCUGACUACCACACAGGAGCAACUUUGGAAGAACAGGACUUCAGGUUGGACUUUGCAAGGGAGCUCGAAAACGCCGGAGGGGGCGCCAUUUGUUACCUGGGUGCGGCGGGGAGCCUGGUCCUGGGUCUGCAGUCCUACUUGCCGGCAGGCGGGGGGCGCUCUAGUUCAGAAGCGUCCAGCUUGCCCACAGACUCUCCCCCGGCGGAGGACGAGCCGGAGCGCUCGGGAAUAUACCCGCACGUCGUCGGAAACCGCAGCGCCGAGACGCCGGAGAUGUUUCGUCCGCCAUUCAGCAGUGAGCGGCGCGCCUGCGUAGUCGUUGGCAGAGACAACGUGGCGCUCCCCGCCAGCCUGAUCAGUCAGAUCGGCUUUCGAUGCCACCCCGCGCUCUACUCAGAAGGUGAACCCGGAGAGAAGCUUGAGUUGGUGGCAGGUUCGGGCGUGUUGAUGACGCGAGGUCAGCUGAUGAACUGUCACCUUUGUGCGGGAGUGAAACACAAAGUCCUGCUCAGGAGACUGCUGGCCACUUUCUUCGACAGGAACACUCUGGCCAAUAGCUGCGGGACGGGGAUCCGCUCCUCCACCAACGAUCCCAGCCGAAAGCCGCUGGACAACCGAGUGUUGAACGCCGUCAAACUGUACUGUCAGAACUUUGCUCCGAGCUUCAAGGAAAGCGAGAUGAACGUGAUCGCGGCCGACAUGUGCACCAACGCGCGCAGGGUUCGCAAGCGAUGGCUCCCCAAGAUACGAUCUCUGCUGCCACCCGGCGGCGGAGAGGGGGUUGCUUCGGAAGUCGACGCUCAUCGGCUCACCGCCGCCCCCCGCCCGUGCCAGGAGGCUUUGCGACACCGGCGCCUCCUCGCCGACCCGACCACUGGCCGAUAGGCUUCGAGCCGCGUCUGUCCGACAUCCUGUCAGUCCUACAAUUUAACGUAUUUUCUGGACUAUGAGUUGCUCUGGACUAUAAGUCGCACUCCUCAAAAAUGGGUUGGAUGAAGGAAAAAUGCAGAUAAGACACACUGGACAAUAAGUUGAAUUCUUGGAGGAGAAUAUGGCAUAUGUCGUUCGCCAUUUGUUGCCAAGUAGCUCAAAGCAUAUCAACAAAAGAGCCGUUCAAACGAAUGGAAUAGUUGCCAAAACAGUACUAACAGUGCUGCUGCUAGUGCUAACAUAAGCACCCUUUAGCUUGGCGAGCUACAGGGACUCCCCCUGGUUACGAUGUCCUUGACCUAUGACAUUUCAAAUUUACGUCAUCUGCCAUAAAGUCCACACCGUCAUAGUCUCUGCUUAGCUAGUGCAUAGCAUUUGUUUGUGUUUGUGUGCUGCUUGCCUUUUUCACUUGAUGGCCCCAAAGAAGGAAGCUUGGUCAUCUAGGUUCAGCCAAAAGAAUAGCAAUUACCAUGUAAACGAAGCUUAACAAUUUACAAAUAACGGAUAAAGGAGAGAGCUUUUGAAUAUACA